AUGGUCGAGAGCGGUGCGUCUGCAGUCACUUCUGGUGACAUUGCACCCAACCUGGAUGGAAUUCUGCUGCUCGAAGCGCCCUUUGCCCGAGCGCCGUUCGACGAGCUUCGACGUCAGCAGAAAACGCAACAGCGGUUGGUCGAACGCGAACUGUUGUUCGCCACCACCACAUUCUCGGAAGCAUCCAAACUCUGUUCUUCUCUUUCGUCUGCUGGUGCUGGUGCUGGUGCUGGUGCUGGUACUGCUGCGCUCGAAGUGGAAAAGUCUCUGGAUGCCGUGUUGGGUCGACUCAAGGGGCUGAAACGCAAGCUGGAGCCGCUAUCGGAUGCGGCCAAGACGACGCUGAGAAUGGCGCAGUCGAGAACGGACCAUCUAGAGCAGCUACACAAGCUGGCGACGGACUCGGACACGGAAGAAUUUCACGAGUGGAGCAAGACCAGGCUAGAUCGCAUGGUAGUGGACUAUAUGCUCCGACGUGGAUAUCGACAGGCAGCUCACGAGUUGGCUCACAGCCGCGGCAUCGAGGAUCUGGUGGAUCUGCAGCUGUUCGAACAGGUGGCGCGCAUCGAGGACAGUCUGUGUCCGCCGGGAUGGGAUGCAGAAAGCGGCCAAGUUGAUGUCAAGCCGAGCUGCACGUUGGCGCUGGCGUGGUGUUCCGAGAACAAGGCGGUUCUGCGAAAGAUUCGCACACCGCUCGAGUUCAAUUUGCGGCUGCAGGAGUUUGUCGAGCUGACGAGGACGAGAAGGCCCGAGAGCUUGAAAGAGGCGAUUGCGUAUGCGCGACGACAUCUGCUGCCAAUGGUGAGUGCUUCGAGUUGCACGAGCAAACCCAGUAUUGGUACGAGUAGCUCGACGCUCUCCGGCGCACCCUCGGCGAUGGACAAGGAGCUCGAGUACGAUAGGUUGGCAGCCGAAGCGAUGCAUCGACAAAUUUCGCGAGCCAUGGCGCUUCUCGCGUGCGGGCCGGCAUCGUGGGCAUAUGCGGAUCUGUACAGCUUAGCACGAUGGAGCAUGCUGCGCGAUUCGUUCCGCGCUUGCGCUCUGCAAAUCCACUCUCUGCCACCACAACCCAUCCUGCACAUCGCACUGAGUGCCGGACUCUCUUCACUGAAACUACCGCAAUGCUAUACUCGACAAGCGUCAGGACAGAUGGACGAGAGAGCGUCGGUGGAUUGCCCGAUCUGCGACGAGACCGGUCUGGGCAAACUCGCGACCGAAGUGCCGUGGAGCCAUCACCAAAACUCUACGCUGGUGUGCAGCUACUCGGGCAAACUCAUGGACCACAACGAUCCGCCGCUCGCGCUCGCAAACGGAAGAGUGUAUGCACAGAGCACCGUGCUCGAGCUCGUCAAAUGCGCACACCAUACACACGCCAUACAGACGAUCAAGUGUCCCAGAACUGCCGAGGUUUGUAGGGUCGACGAGAUACGCAAGGUCUUCAUUUCGUAG